AUGUCUUCAGAUGAGUCAUCAUUAUUCAAAUCAUUGACAGAUGAAGAUAAAGAAUUAUUUAAUUCAUAUAGAGAAGCAAUUAACAUUCGAUUACACGAAGUAUUUCCAGAUGUACCUGUUGAUUAUUAUUUACAACCAAUUAGUAUUCAUCAGCAAUUAGGUUGUGGAACAUUCUAUACAUAUAAAGUUGCUUUACCUGAUAAUCAAAUCGCUGAUGUCGCUUUUCAUCUAGGUGGUAGACGGGUACAGCCACUUGUUGGUCCACCACAUUUCGAAAUUACUAAAAAUAAUUAA